AUGGCCUGGAGGCGCCUGGCCCUCCUUCUGAUCGGAGCCCUCCUGGCAGUCUCCCGGCCGGUCCUGACCCAGCCAGAUGCUCUGCUGGUGUUCCCGGGCCAGGUGGCCCAGAUCUCCUGCAUGCUCAACCCCCGCCUCGCCGCCGUGGGGGACUAUGGCGUGUCCUGGUACCAGCAGCGGGCAGGAAGCGCCCCCCGCUACCUCCUCUACUACCGCUCAGAGGAGGACCAAAGCCGCUCCCCGGACCUCCCUGACCGCUUCUCGGCAGCCACAGACGCAGCCCAAAACGCCUGCCUCCUGAUCAUCAGCCCCGUGCAGCCCGAGGACGACGCAGAUUAUUACUGCUCCGUCGGUUACAUACCCUAG